AUGGUGUCAAGAAAGAAGAUGACCACGAUCAACAGUCCAAUGACAUCUGGCUGGAGUUUUGAAAGUGGUUAUACUGAUGGAUUUGAAGGCAACACUUAUCCCAAUCGUAUGAUUGGUGCGGGUCAAAAUUAUGCUAUGGAUUUUGUUGUUUCGCAAAACACGAAUGAUUAUGAUCAUAUAUGUACACACCUUCUUAAAGGAUUCAUGUUGGAUAUAAAUGUUCCAGGUGAAGGAAUAUCCAAAUUUCAUGAUAAACUCUUCAUUUUAAUGUCACAAGAUAUUAAGAUAACGAUUAAACCUAAACUAAAAGAUAUUUCGAAAGGCAUGAGCCUUUAUAAAUCAAAUCAGCGUCAAUGUUUUUUCAAUUCUGAGCGAAAAUUGCGAUACUUCAAAAUCUAUACGAAAACCAAUUGCGAAGAUGAGUGUUUGGCGAAUUUCACCAAAAAUGAAUGCGGAUGUGUAAAAUUUUCUAUGCCAAGAGACAAACAUAUAAAAAUCUGUGGUGCAGCGCGUAUCAGAUGCUAUAUAGACGCUCAGAAAAGAUAUGAAUCCCAUUAUGGAAAAUUGUUUCGUGACGAAUGUAAUUGUAUGGAAUCAUGUAUUGAUAUUCAGUACGAUAUAAAAACUGAAAAAAACAAUUUAUUUAUGACGAACAAGAGUAACAAUAUUGGAUUCGAAGCGAGUGAAAUAGGUCAACUGUCCACACGAGUCUCCAUUUUCUUCCAAGAUCCCGAAGUCAAAAUAGAAAAACGGGUGGAAAGGUACACACUUACUGAUUUUCUAGCAAUUUGCGGUGGUUUGCUUGGAUUAUUUUUUGGAAUUUCCUUUUUGAGCAUCGUCGAAAUCGUCUAUUAUGCCACAAUUCGCUUG